AGGGGCAGCGCCCCGCCCGAGCCGGGCGUGGCUGGCAGGGGAAGAGGGACAGCCCUGCGGGCUCCCGGCUGACUCCUGGGAGCGGCUGCCGUGAAUGGUAAUUGGAUCUUACAGUUAGGAGGACUCUAAAUGGUGUAUUUUAAGCACGCUGUGUUGUCCAUGUUGUGGCCUGACUUCAGUUUCUAAGGAAUUGCAGUAAUGCUGCUGCAUUUCUGGGGUUUGGGCAGAAGCACUGUGUCUGAUGAGAGGUGUCAUCCUGACAUGGGACAUGUACCUUCUGGGCUUCAGCUGCUUCUCCAGCCUUUCUGACUUGUCUUUGUCUUUGGGACAUCAAGAAAUGCAGUAAUACCUCUUCUAGAGUUUUUGUCCUUUCCAGAUCCUGAUAGGGAGCUAUUUCAGAAAAUUUAUACAAACCACCAUGAACAUACACAGCAGUCAGGUGGAUGGGCUGUUCUUCCAAGUGAUGAGUGCCAUAAAGCCCAGGAACAUUCUAUCCACAUUUCGUGCUGUGUCUCUUUGCAUUCACCUAGGUCUCAAAUUCCUGCCCUGUCUUCCAACAGUGAAUAUGAUGUUCUAGUUCAAGGCUAAAUUUUGGCAAAGGAACCUUGCAGCUCUUCACAGGAAUUUGCUCUGUCAGAAACAUUUACUCAUUUUCAGAAGCUGCCAUCCACUUGGGACACUCUGUGGUGUUGGUCAUGUCUUGUAAGCCUCGUUGGAUUUUCAUCUGAAAUGGCAAAACAGUGUUAUAGAAGCUUCCCAUCAGAUAGAAUUCUGUGGCAAAUACCUUAUCAUGAGGUGCUUUUCCUGACACUGGUCAUUCUCUUGAGGCCUAAAUGCUCCAAGUAAGAUCAAUGGAAGAACAUGCUAAUUUCUCCCUGCUGGUGACAACAGUAUGGUUCCAAAGGAGAAAUCUGAAUGUUCUUGGAAAGUAAGCUCUGUGGGAUGGAACAUGAGGCUACCCAGCUAGAAAAGCAGCAUGUGCACAGUGUGUAUGAAAACACAGCUGCCUACUUCAGUGAUCUGCAGACCAAAGCAUGGCCUCGUGUUCGGAACUUUCUGCUGGAACAAAAGCCUGGCAGUCUCGUUGUUGAUAUAGGUUGUGGAACUGGCAAGUACCUCAGUGUCAACAGUCAGGUGUAUAAUCUGGGCUGUGACUACUGUGAAGGACUGGUAGAAAUUGCAAGGAAGAAAGGUGAUGAAGUUCUGGUGUGUGACAACCUUAACCUUCCCUUUAGGGAUCAGUGCUUCAAUGCAGUCAUUUCAAUUGGAGUGAUACAUCAUUUCUCAACUAAACAAAGAAGAAUCAAAGCAAUAAAGGAAAUGGCAAGGAUAUUGACACCUGGAGGCCAAAUAAUGAUUUAUGUUUGGGCUAUGGAACAAAAGAACCGUCGCUUUGAGAAACAAGAUGUGUUUGUUCCGUGGAACAAGGCCUUGUGCUCACGCCAUUUUUCAGAAUCAAAUCAAUCUGGAGAUAAGGGUGAGUUUAUCCCUACUGCAAAAGGCCAAGACAUACACCCUGCACAGCUUGUCAUCUCUGAGUGCAGCUACCAAAACAAUCUGCAGCCAGAAACUGAUUCAAAACAUUCCCGUACUAUGGACCAUUGCUUACCCAGGGCCUGCUGCAUGAAGAUUUCUGAGGAAGAGAACAGAUUUUACAGUGCUCUAGGAAGAUCUUUCCGCUCAUGGUUUUCCUCCAGAUCCCUGGAUGAAUCAGCUCUGAGAAAGCCAAGUGACAAAAUGAAGCAGCUGAAACAUGAAGGAGUGUGGGCAAACACUGCUGUGCCCAUCCAGCACUCUCGACACUGCAGUUUGGAUUUAGGGCACCACGGGGCACUGCUAAAUGAACAAAGUUUAGAUGACUAUGAUGAUGUGUUUGUGGAAAGCCUGUCUCUCAAAAACCCACAGUGGUCCCCAGGCACAGGUGCACUGAAGGAUUUGAGUGUGAAUGGGGGACACCAAAGUGCAGUUCAGAGCAAGGGGGACAAAGCUGCGUUCGUGAAUGGCCCAGUGGGAGACAGGGACUGCAUCUGUGGCUGUAGUAAAGAUGGUGCUGGUAAGUCUGAUGCCAGCAAGUUUUUCAAAAGAACUUCAACAACUGACUCCACGGACUCAGCUUUGGAUUCAGCAGUGUCUGUUGGGGACCAGACUGAUGCCAUGUUGGACCCAAAGGCCUUCAUGCGUUAUUACCACGUUUUUCGGGAAGGGGAGCUGUGUUCUCUGGUAGAAGAGAAUGUGCCUGAGCUUCAGAUAAUUUCUUCCUGCUAUGACCAUGGGAACUGGUGCAUUAUUGCAGAGAGAAGAGGAACAUAGCUAUAAAGAGAACAAAGCAGAAUCCAGUGACUGAGGAUUUUAAGCUCUUCCUUGCAUUGCUGUGAUUGUGCAGUGUGACAUGGAAUUUGAAUCUUGUAGUUGUCUGUCAUUCAUUUUUGAGUUAUUAUCUCUCAACUAUUUAACUAGCUAAUGCAAGGUCUGUAUAUAGGAAUGUAAGUGGUAGACAAUAUUUAUGUUUUGUUAAACUUUUAUGAAGUUAAAACUGUAGAGUUUUAUAUUGCUGUUAGCAAAUAAAUGUGUUUUAAAAUGUACUUUUCUAUUGAGAAAUAAACCUUUUUAUAAAACAAGGA